CGCUUUUUCUCGCCCUUAACAUUCCUCUCCAUUAACUUGAAUAUCUCUCUCCCUCUCCCUCUCCCUCUCCCUGCUUUCCGUUUACAAAAAACCUCUGUUACUUUGUUGCCCAACUCUGAGUCAUCUCUGUAAUUCCGAGAGAACGGCAGGCAUGAUUCAAACGAAUUCUGGCUUACGCAGUUUGGUUCAAUCUUUACGACCCAUCACUUCCUCUUUAUCCGAGAUUGCAGCUUAUAGUUGCUACACAUCACAAGCAGCAUCUGCUCUUCAACAAGUUAGCAGACCAGAUUCAUACAGCGAGGAUGAGUAUGCUAAAGUGGACUGGGAUAAUCUCAGAUUUGGCAUCACACCAGCUGAUUACAUGUACACAAUGAAAUGUUCCAGUGAUGGGAAGUUUGAACAAGGGCAGCUUGCUCCAUACGGAAAUGUUGAAUUGAGCCCUUCAGCAGCAGUCUUGAAUUACGGGCAGGGACUUUAUGAAGGCACAAAAGCAUAUAGAACAGAAGAUGGGCGCCUGCUUCUCUUUCGUCUGGAUCAAAAUGCCACGCGGAUGAAGAUGGGCGCUGACAGAUUGUGCAUGGCUUGCCCCUCCAUUUAUCAAAUUAUUGACGCGGUCAAACAAACUGCUCUCGCUAACAAGCGCUGGACUCCACCUCGAGGGAAAGGGACUUUGUAUAUCAGGCCUUUGCUAAUGGGAAGUGGUCCUAUUCUGGGAUUAGCACCAGCACCUGAAUACACAUUCCUCAUAUAUGCUUCUCCUGUCGGCAAUUAUUUCAAGGAGGGUUUGAAACCCUUGAACCUAUAUGUUGAGGAUGAGUUUCAUCGGGCUACUCGAGGAGGAGCUGGAGGCGUUAAAUCCAUCACAAAUUAUGCACCAGUUUUAAAAGCAAUGGCCAGAGCAAAAAGCAGAGGAUUUUCUGAUGUUUUGUACCUCGACUCGGCCAAUAAGAAAAAUCUGGAAGAAGUCUCUUCUUGCAACAUUUUCCUUGUGAAGGGCAAUAUAAUUUCUAGUCCUGCUACAAGUGGGACUAUUCUUCCAGGGGUCACUCGAAGAAGCAUCAUUGAAAUUGCUCUCGAUCAUGGCUAUCAGGUCGAGGAACGUGCAAUUCCAUUGGACGAAUUGAUGGAUGCCGAUGAAGUUUUUUGCACGGGAACUGCAGUAGGUGUUGCCCCUGUGGGCACGAUUACAUAUCAGGAUAGGAGAGUUGAGUACAACGUCGGAGAAGAGUCCGUGUCUCAGAAGCUUUACUCGAUUCUUGAAGGAAUUAAAACGGGAGUCAUCGAGGAUAAGAAAGGCUGGACUAUUGAGAUCCAGUGAUCACUCAUCAGAAACGUGCACUAGAUGCCUUCGUGUAUGCAUUGAAAUAAGAAUUACUGGUAUGAUUGUACAGAAUCUUCUUCUUGAGCCUCAACUUGUACUCCAUAUCUUUA